AUGGUCCACCUGAGGGCGUCCGAAGUCCGGCAGCUGCUGCACAACAAGUUCGUGGUCGUCAUGGGGGACUCGGUGCAGAGGGCCGUGUACAAGGACCUGGUGCUCCUGCUGCAGAAGGACUGCCUGCUCUCAAGCAGUCAGCUGAAGGCCAAGGGCGAGAUGAGCUUCGAGCAGGACAGGCUGCUGCAUGGCGGCUGGUGGGGCCGUAGGCACAACGGGACCCACUACCGCGAAGUCCGCGAGUUCUGCUCCACACACCACCUUGUGCGCUUCUACUUCCUCAUGCGCGCCUACUCCCGGUGCGUGGAGAAAGUCCUACUGGAGCUGCUGAGGGGCGAGCACGGCCCAGACGUGGUCAUCAUGAACUUCUGCCUCUGGGACCUGUCCAGGUAUGGCAAGGAUUCCAUGUGGAGCUACAGGAGGAACCUGGAGACCCUGUUCUGGCGCCUUCGCCAGGUGCUGCCCGAGUCCUGCCUCGUGGUGUGGAACACUGCCAUGCCCGUGGCUGAGACGGUCUCGGGGGGUUUCCUCCCGCCUGAGGGCAUGCCCCCGACCACGUGCCUGCGGGAUGAUGUGGUGGAGGCCAACUUCUUCAGCACCGCUGAGGCCAGCAGGCUUGCCUUCAACAUGCUGGACUUGCAUUUCCACUUCCAGCACUCCUGGCAGCACCGGCAGCCAGGUGGCGUGCACUGGAACCGACACCCUCACCGAAGGCUCUCGCAGCUGCUGCUGGCCCUCCUGGGCGACGCCUGGGGCGUGGACCUGCCCUGCGACGACCCAGUGGGCAGAUGGAUCUGGGAAGGCCCUCGGAGCCCUCUCAGAGGUCCUGUGAGCGACAGGUUGCUCCAGCGCCACAGAGGUGAAUCCGGGGAGGAGGCCCCGCCUUCGCGCCCACGUAGGCCUGGGCGCCCUAUCGCUCCGUCACGGAGACCCCCUCUAUCCCCGCUCCAGGUUCCCAGGCGCAUCCGGUAG